AACCUUUGUAGGUCUGGGAGGUAACCCCAUAAAGCGCAAAGAUGUCUCUUCAUGACACUCGAGCCGCGACCCUUCUUGCCUGGGUGAACAGCUUGAAGCUGGACGAUGCCCUGAAUUCCCUCUCUCAGCUCCAGGACUGUCAAGUUUUCGUCAAGAUCAUCAAUAAAAUCCAUGGCACAGAAGAGGGACGGGCUGUUCUGCAGCAGAGUCUGCCAGAGAGGGUGGCCUACGUCAGCAGCUCCUCGAGAUGCUGCAAGCACAAAUCCACCACUCACAGCGUGGUCUCGGAGGAGAAGCUUUUAGCGGGAGAAGAGCUGGAACUGGCGAAGGUGGUCAUGCUGCUGCUUUAUCAGGCUUCCAUGAGUGACAAGAUCCCUCGGGAAUGGAGCACGGUUGAGUACGACAUUCAGGCAGAGAUGGCCCAGUUCCUGAACUUUAUGCUCUGUAACGAAGAUUGCCUCGGCGAGAACCUGGAGAGCUUCCUUCAAAAGAAAACGCCUCAAUCAGCGAGCUUCUCUGCCUCCAGCACCAGCUCAGAGGAGACGACCCCGCAGAAGCAGGAGGUCCACUUCUUGAAGCUGCAGAAGAUCGCCUCGUCCUCCAGCCUCAAUCAGUUUCUCCCUGGCUCCGUGACCUCUCCCAUGGGGGACAUCAUGCAGACCCCCCAGUUUCAGAUGAGGAGACUGAAGAAGCAGCUGGAGGCAGAGAGGGAGAACCGGGAUGAUCUCGAGCGGGAGCUGGCCGAGAAUCGCAAGCUCGUCGAUGAGAAAGAUACGCAGAUCCUAGUGAUGAAGCAACGGAUCGAACGCCUGACUCGUCUCCAAGAGAGGCAAGCGGCAGAUCAGGUGGAGCCCAAAGAGAUGGAGGAGCUCCGAGAAAAGAAUGAGAGUCUUCUCAUGCGUCUGCAUGAGACCCUGAAGCAGUGUCAAGACCUGAAAACCGAAAAAGGCCAAAUGGACCGGAAAAUAAACCAGCUCUUGGAGGAGAACGGCGAUCUCUCUUUCAAGCUUCGGGAGUUGGCCAGCAACCUUAUGGGACUGCAGGAAGCCAUGAACGAGCUGUCCACGGAACACAACACAGCCCUGCGGGAGUGGGAGGAGUGCAGGGCCCGCCUGGAGAGCGACCUCCGCCAAGCCCUCAGCGAGAAGAAAUGCUUGGAAGAGAGACUGGAAAUUCUGCAGGGGAAGAUCUCCUUGCUGGAGGAUCAGCUGACAAAGCUGAAGGAGUGCAGCUCUUCUCCGGAGACUGGAGAGGUCAUGGGGAACGUCUUGCAGCUCGAGGACCUGAAGCAAGAGGUGGCCAGCCUCCACAGCCAGCAGGCCGAGCUCCAGGCGACCGUGGCCCGCGUCGAAGAGGAGAAACGCCUGCUGGAAGCCACCCUCCAGUCCGACCGGGGCAGCUUCGAAGAGGAGAAGCUCCAGCUGACAGGGCUCCUGGGCAGCCUGCAGGAUUCCGUCUCCGAGCUCUCCCAAGCCAAGGAGAAGCUGGAGCAGGACUCCCGGGCGCAGGAAGAGCGCCUGACCGCCCAGGUGAACACCCUGACCACCGAGAUCACCAAGCUGGCCGGCUUCCUUCACCAGAAGGACCAGGAGCUGCUGGCCUGGCACCAGCAAGCGGAAGCGGAGAAAAGCCAGAACAGCAGAUUAGUGGAAGAUUUGCAGCAGAAGGAGCAGGCGUCCCGGGCGGCCGUCCAAGAGCUGAGCCUCCAGGUGGACCAGCUGAACGGCUCCCUGAAGCAAAGCCAGGAAGCCCUGGCCCGGGUAGAAGCGACAGGGCAGGAAGAGGGCCGCAGGGCCGGCCAGGAGCUGGAGCUGGCGCGGAGGCAGCUGGAGGAGGCGGGGGCAGAGCGCUCCACUCUAGCCAGUCGUCUGCAGGCCCUGGAGGGAGCCCGGGACGCCUGCGCCGCAGAGGCCCAAAGGGAGAAAGCGGAGCUCGUCCAGAAGGUCCAGGAGCUGGAGGCCAGGAUCGCGGCCCUCGCGGCCCAGUGCCAGCAAAGCGAGGCCCAAGCCGGGGCCGUGCCGGCUCUGAAAGGGCAGCUGCGGGAAGCCCAGCAGAAGCUGGCCGAGAGGGAGAAGCUGGCCAAGGAGAACGCCCGCCUGCAGGAGCGUCUUCUGGUCCUGGAGGAGUCGGUGCGCAACACGGAGGGCAUCUUGGAGGACGAGAAGAGGAGGGGGGCGGAGUCCUUGGAAGGCAACCUCCGCAGGAUCGCCGAGCUGGAGGAGCAGCUCCAGGAGCUGGGCAGGCACCGCGACCAGGCCCAGCGGGAAAUGAGCGAGGAAAAGGCUCGCCGGCAGGCCCUGGAGGGACAGGUGCAGCGGCUGGGGGAGCUCUCCUUGGGAGACGGAGGCCAGCAGGGCAAGCUGGAGGAGAGGAUCCGGGCCCUGCACCAAGGCCGGGAGGAGGCCCGCCAGCAGCUGCAAGCCGAGCGGGAGAAAGCCACCACGGUGGAAGCCCAGCUGAAGCGUCUGAAAAGCGCACACCAGGAAAUGCAAGCCACGCUGCAGGCCAAAGCCUCUCGCGCUCUGGCUCAGGCCCAGGAGAAGGAGGGCACGGCGGAGAAGCUCCGGGCCGAGGUUGCCUCCUUGCAGGAGAAGAUGGCCGCGGCUCGUCAGGAGGCAGGCCAGAGCGUGGCGAGGGCGAAGGAGGAGGAGCGCAAGGCCACGCUGGCCCUGGAGGCCCUCACCAAAGAGCUGGCUGCCGAGAGAGACGGCAGAGCCGAGCUGGAGGCUCGGGUGCGGCAGCUCGGGGAGCAGAGCCGCAAAGACCUGGCCGCGUCGGACGCCGGUCUCUCCAGAGUCAAUUCUGCCCUGAAGGAAAAGGAGCGGGAGGUGGAGCAGCUGGCCAGCCAGGUGAAGUCCCUGAAGGUGAAGCUGGAAGAGGCCGCGGCGCAGCAGAAACAGGAGCUGGCGGGGCGCGACGAGGAAGCCCGGCGGCUGACGGGGGAGCAGGAGCGAGCCCGCGCGGAGCUGGCCGCCGAGAAGGCCAGCCGGGCCGCCCUGGAGGUGCAGCUGCAGAACGUCACCAACGAGCUGCGGGUGGAGGUCUCGGGGCUCCAGGACGAGGUGGGCCGGGCGCGGGCCGCGGCGGAGGAGAAGGAGCGGGAGCUGGACGAGCUGCGGGUGAAGAACGUCUCCCGCGAUGAGGAGCUGAGGGAUCUGCAGAAGACGGUGCAGAAGCUGAAGGGGGAGCUGGCCUCGGUGGAGGCGCUGAAGGAGCGGGCGGCCAAGAUGGAGGGGGAGCUGCAGGGCUUCCUGGAGGUGGCCCGGAGCCGGGAGGCCGAGUUGGACAGCAUCAGGGCCACCCUGAGUGCCAAGAACCUGCAGCUCCAGAGCUUGGAGGAGGAGAAGCGGCGCCAGGGGCAAGAGGCCGCCUCCAGCCGGGAGCUCUGUGAGAAGAAGCAGAGGGAGUGCGAAGCGCUGCGCGGCCGCCUGGAGAAGCUGGAGCGGCAGUGCGAGGAGCAGCGCGGGGCCGCGGCCAAGCUGGAGAAAGCGGCGGUGGCCUCCGAGCAGCGACAGGCGGCCGAGACGGAGACUUUGCAGCGGGAAGCGGCGCAGCACAAGGAAAGGGUUGGUGAGCUGGAGAAGCUCCUGGUGGCCGCCCGGUCCGCGCACGCCGGCGCAGCCGAGAAGCUGAAGAGGGAGCUGCUGGAGAAAGGGAAGGAGCUGGCCCAGAGCCGCGAGGCCAUGGCGGGGGCUGAGAAGGAGCUGUCCGCCCUGCGGGCCUUGGCGCAGGAGAAGGGCAAGUCGGAGGAGAGCUGGAAGGAGCAGACGUCCCGCUGCCUCCAGGACGCCGAGCGGAAGAACAGCCUGAUCGGCAGCCUGGAGAAGGAGCUAAACCUCAGCCGCCGGCAGCUGCUGGAGAAGGAGGCAGAGAGCAAGGAGCUGCGGCGAGUGGCCGUGGCCGAGUCGGAGAAGAGCAAAAAGCUGGAGGAGCGGCUGCGGCUGCUCCAGUCUGAGAUGGCCACGGCCGCCUCCCGGGCGGCUGAGCGGUGCUCCACCAUGAAGGCCGAGGCCCAGGACUACCAGAAGCAGGCGGAGGCGCUGCAGGGCUCCUCGGAGGCCCAGAAGAAGGAGCUGAACGCCCUAGCCAAGCGCGAGGAGGAGCUCCGCAAAGAGCUCCGGGCCUCGCAGGAGAAGGCCUUCCAGAAGGAACAGAUCCUGCUGGCCCUGCAGCAGGAGCUGAGCAGCGCCCAGGCCCUGGCGGGAGAGCUGAUGCCCGUCAAGCGCCUCUACCAACAGCUGCAGGCCGAGCAGGCGGCUCAGAAGAGCCAGCAGGAGGAGGAGCGGGAGCGGCUGCUCAAGGAGGCCGGGGCCCUGCAGGAGGAGCUGGCCCGCGCCAAGCGGGAGCUGGCGGAACUGCCCGCCCUGAAGGAGAGGCUCCCCGAGCAGGAGCAUCGCCUGCAGCAGCUGCAGACAGAGAACGCCGGCUACGCGGAGAGCCUGGCCGCCCUGCAGCGGGCCCACGCCCAGCUGACCGAAGCAAACCGGGCCCUCGGGGAGCAGGCCACCCACGGGCAACAGCGCCUGGAAGCAGAACUGGCGCAGGCCAAGCAGAAGCACGCCCAGGAGCUGGAGGGCGCCCGGCGGGAGGCGGAGAAGCUGGUGGCCGCUGGCAAGGAAGAGGCCAAGGAGGCCCAGAAGAAGCUGGAGGGGGCGACGGCCAAGUACGAGGAGGCCCGGCAGAAGCUGCUGGUGCAGGUGGAGCAGCUGCAGCUGGGCCAGAAAGAGACGGCUAAGCAGGCAGAUGAACUGAAACAGAAGCUGACUCAACAGGAAAAAGCCAGCCGAGCCCAACAGCAGAAGGCCAAGGUGCGCGAACAGGAGCUGCAGAAGGAACUCGAACAGCAGAAGGAGAAGGCGGUGGACCUCCAGGAACAGCUGGCCCAAAAGGAACAAACUGCUGAGCACUACAAGACCCAGAUGGAGAAGGCCAAAACCCACUAUGAUGCCAAGAAGCAGCAGAACCAGGAGCUCCUAGAGAAGCUGAAAGGACUGGAGCAGCUCGAGAAGGAGAACGCCGAGCUGAAGGUGGAGUCAGAGCGCCUGACUCAGGAGCUUCAGCGCACCGUCCUGCGGGCCAAGGAGUCGGAACUCAGCUGCAAGAACCUCACCAGCCGGAUCCGCAGCUUAGAGGCGCAGGUGGAGUUUGCUGACCGCCAGCUGCGGGAGAAAGGCAAGCUCCAGGUGGCCACGGACACAGUGAAGCACCGCGAGGCCUUCCGGCAGAAGGCGGCAGACAUCAGCACCGACAGCCUGGACUUGAGUAGCAGUGAGGAAACCCCAUCCCUCAACUCCACCAGGAAGACCCGCCGUUCCCUCUCGGAAUCCGGGCCGGCAGAGCCCUCCAGAGGGUUGCAGCAGCUGCCGCGCAAAGUGGAGUCCUUGGAGAGCCUGUACUUCACCCCCAUCCCCACCCGGUCGCGGUCCAAGCUCGGGUCCAGCGUCAGCCCCACAGGUGACCUUUCCUUCGAGUCGGGACGGAAGACUCUCUCUGCUCGCCGGCGCACCACACAGGUGAUCAACAUCACUAUGAUCAAGAAACACUCUGAGCUGGGGACACCUGACAGCACCAACGCCUCCUUCUUCAGCUUGCAGUCCUCUGGGUCGCAGGCCAGCGCCCCCAGCCAGGAGUCCGUCAAGACCCGCCUGCGUUCGGCAGCCACCUCCUCCACCCGCUCGCUGGCCAGCCUGCCUUCCCAAGAAUCCCUCGCCAGGCUCAGCGCCUCCUCCCCGGACGACGCAUCGGCCCACGCGGCGCUCAUGAGCUUGCCCGGCUACCGACCAACCACCCGCAGUUCCAUGAGGCGCUCCGGGGUCAGAGGUGAGUCUCCCCCUUGGCUUCUCCCGCUCCCAGGUCGCAGCAGCCUGCAGCUGGGGUCGUGCCAGGACGAGCCAGACCACCUGGAGGAGUGGAGCCGGAUCGCCGAGCUGCAGCAGCGCAACCGGGUGUGCCCACCUCACCUCAAGACCUGCUACCCGUUGGAGUCCAGACCAUCCGUGUCCCUGACCACCAUCACAGACGAGGAGAUGAAGACCGGAGACCCCAAAGAGACGCUCCGGCGUGCUAGCAUGCUCCCCUCACAGAUCGCGGAGGGCCCCACCACCCGGCGCAGCACGCUGAGCUCUGCCUGGCUGGCUGCAGGCGUGGCCACUCGGCAGCAGAGGAAACGCCCCUCGACGGAGUCCCAGCAGGGCCUCGGCAGCCCAGAGUCCAAGAAGCCAGCCAGCUGCUUCCCGCGGCCCCAGACCCCCAAGCGGCGGAAUGAGGAACUCAAGCGCAGCUCCCUCCCGGGGAACAAGAAGACAGCAGCCCCAGGCCCCAACAAACAGACGGAGAAGCGCCAGUCCCUGGCAUUCAGCAUUCUCAACACACCGAAGAAACUGGGCAACAGCCUCCUGCGCCGUGGGGCCAACCGGAAAGUGACUCCGAAGAAUUCCCCUCGGGGCAGCAUCCGGAGGUCUCCCCGGACAAGCGCUUCACCCAAGGGCAAGGUAAGAGGCGUGGGAGGGGCAAGGGGGGAGCCCGUUGUGGCAGAAGUGGCCUUAACGUGGCAAUUUUUCGAGGGCUGCAAAAGCAGGGGAAGUGCUUGA